AUGGCGUCGCUUUCAGACCUCCUUAAUCACAGCGAUAGCGACGAGUCCGUCAUUUCUUCAGGGCCUCCGCUGGGUUCUGGAAGUGAGUCUUCUGGAUUGGAAUCUCGCCUUUCUUUGGGCCAUACUUCCAGCUAUUCCAGUAUCGCCUCCUCCUCCACUCCCACUUCCGCAACCAAUUCCGCAACCAAUUCGGCACGAAAUUCAGCUCCCAUUUCAGCCUCAAGUUCUACCUCGAACUCGGCUCCCGGAUCGGUAGCCACAACCACUCCGCCUGGCGAAAUUUACGCUGAACUGUUUGGUAAAAAAUUGCCCAGGUCAAAAGUCGACAAGCGGUUUUUUCCAAAGGAAAGAUUGGUGAAAAUAGCUGUUCGGAGAAAGAGCUCAAGGAAGUCUUCGACCGAACCUGUAGGGUCCAAGCUUCAUUUGAAAUCUCUAGAGGCGGCGCUCAGAGUAAAGCUCACCCUUGUGCCGUCGCUCACAGCUCUCUACUGCUCGCUCACACCAAAUACCAAUCGCCAACCAAUUCGAAGUCUUUACGAACCCAGCAUGAAAGACGGCUCAAUUAGCACCCCGUCCUACAAUUACGACAUAGACCAGGAGUCAACCACCAAGGUGAAACUGGUGCAGCUCAUUGAUAGUGACCUCGUCAAUCUCUCGGGUGUGUCGAACAAGAUACUUCUGGGUUUUAACGGUAAGACCAAUACGAAUGCAAACGAAUUCUCUACCCCAACAUUCAAUUCCCUUGACACUGCCAUAUACUCUUUGUUUGGCGCCAAUAAUUACACUCUAGUGAGAGUCACCCGCUCGGCCACUGACGAGGCAGAUGGGUCGCUGGUGCUCAAGUUGGAAACAGCACAACCCGGAGAUUACCUGUUGAUCGACGAUGAAGAUUUUGCAGAUGAUAUGCUGCAUAGCAUUGGAAAACCGGGCCGCCGUCCCAAUAAUUUGUUCAUCAAAAAGAUUGUCGCUCGUCCACGUUACAAAUCGGGAAUGAAAAUCUACUUUGUUCCCUACUCGAGCAAUGCCUCCUUGUACGUCGAUGACAGAAUGUUGAAGCGUGAUCUUUUCAAAGGGGUUCUUGACCUUGAUUUACCCUUGCAGAAACAUAUAGCCACUGCAUUUGAGUACUCCAAGUAUGUGGAAGAGUACAAAAAUGCCGUAGACAAGACCCGCUACUCGUCUGUGCCUAUGUCCAUGCUGGUUCCUGGGCCGAAUGGUGACAGUGAUCAACUUGCAAAAACCGAAUUAAAGUUGAAUCGGUAG